AUGGCACCGAAAUCAGACCCGUUCCCAGGCUUCACGGCCAUCACCGAUCAGAUUUUCUUUCGGGAGGGUGAACCAGUAACAGAGGGCACGCACCCACCAGCAGAUCACCCAAGGGUCGUUAUCAUUUACAGCUGGGGCGACGCCAUACCGAAACACGUCUCCAAAUAUGCCGAUGGAUUCCGCGCACUCUUUCCGCACGCAAAACAGAUCGCCGUGCUCUCGCCCAUCGUUAAAGCCAUGAGAGAGGACCUCCAGACCCGCUCCAACAACAUGAAGCCCAUCAUCGAAGCCGCCUAUCCCUCAGCAACGUCCGGAACACCAGACCCCAAUGAAGAUGCGGUCCUCAUGCACGUCAUGUCCAACACGGGCGGCAUCAACUACGCCGGAACUUUGCACGCCUACCAAGAGAGAUUCGGUCGCCCGAUGCCGCAUCGCCUGUCUAGCUAUGACUCGACGCCCGGCAGCGUGAUCAUGACGUGGAACAACCUCAAGCGCUGGUCUCUGGCCAUGACUCUCGGAACCGCCGGCUGGUUUCCCUGGCCGUUUGUCGUGACACAGUGCAUCAUGGGCGUCUUCCUUCUUCUGAACCACAGCUUCGAGCACCUCACCGGUCGCGAAAGCGCGCCUGUCUUCAGCGUCGCGGCCAUCGGCGACACGAAAUACGUUUCCAAGGGGUCACGCAAGCUGUAUCUGUACAGCAAGGAGGAUCCGCUCAUUGGCUGGGAGGAUAUCGAGGAGAACAUGGCCGAGUCGAAGGGCAAGGGCUAUGCUUAUGAUGCGGUGCGUUUCGAGGGUAGUGGCCAUGUCGGGCAUAUGAGGAUGCAUACUGAUCAGUACUGGAACGCUAUUGCAUCGGCUUGGAAAGAAACGUGA